CGAUUUGACACUGUCAAUAUCAACAACAAUCAACACUCCCAGUUCAUUUGUGCGAUUGUGUAGAAGAAAAUCAAGGAUGUGCGGUCGACAGAAAAGCGUGGUUUUUUGGAUUGGUUUCGCUUUGUUUUUUGGCACAAUUGGCUUAAGUCUAAGCGCUUCCAACGAUCCCUACACAAUUCUAGAUGUACAUAAACGAGCAUCAGUGCAGGAGAUACGCCGUGCAUACAAACAAUUGGCCAAAGAAUGGCAUCCCGAUAAAUCGAACCAUCCUGAAGCGGAAACGAAAUUUGUGGAAAUCAAACAAGCCUACGAAUUGUUAUCCGACUCGGAUCGUAGACUUGCCUACGACCAGUACGGAAUAACGAAUGAGGAUGCAGUGCUGGAACGAAAUCGGCCAGACUAUAGCAAUUAUGGUCGCUUUCAGGAUCCUUUCGAGCAGUUUUACGGUGCACAUAGCUUCAACUUUCAUGAUCAAGAUAUAGGCUUGUAUCAUCGACUUUCCAUCACUACCAAAUAUUACGAAACGAACAUUUUGCCGAAAAGUCGCACGACUCCGCAUAUAUUGAUGUUUUACGCUGAUUGGUGCUUUGCAUGCAUGAAAGCGGCAAACUCUUUUAAAAAGCUAAUCGACACGCUCGAGCCGUACGGAGUGGUUUUUGCCACUGUGAAUGCUGGUCACGAAGAGCAACUUGUACGGAAAGUCGGGGUACACUCGCUACCAUGCGUCAUUAUGGUAUUAGAUGGUCAUAAUUACGUUUACAAGGACAGCGUUUUUAAUGCACAGCAUGUGGUAGAUUUCAUACGGCAAAAGCUGCCAUACAAACUGUUAACGCCAGUAACAGACAGUACGCUUGAUACCUUUUUGGGCGGUUGGGCAGAUAACCGUGUUCGUGCUCUUAUUCUAGAACCGAGAGCACAGCCCCGAUUGCGUUAUCUUAUAAUUGCAUAUUACUUUCGUGAACGUGUUGCAUUUGGUUUCGUGCAACUAAACUUCAACAACACCGCAAACAUUCAGGCAAAGUUUAAAGCUCAUUCCGCUCUUGAUACCUUGCUGCUGUUCAAUGAAUAUCCAUCACAACCGAUCGCCUCAAUUACCAUGUCGGAUAUACCAACCACGACGCUGAACAAUAUUAUAUCGCACAACAAAUUUCUUGUGUUUCCACGUCUAUCUUCGCAAGACAUGCUGGAUAGCGUUUGUCCGGCGGAAUGGAACCGACCCCGGAAGAGACUGUGCGUUGUACUAGUAACUGAAAAUACGAACCUGCAUGAUGGAGCUCGCACCGUUAUGCGUAAAGUAGCGCUUGAAUCGCUAUUUAGUCGUGAGAGAGUACGAUUUGCAUACAUAUAUCAAGAAAAACAAAACGAUUUUAUCGGCGCGCUUUCUAAGCACAAUCAGCCGAAAGAUACUCUUUUGCAAAUUGUCAUCUUCUGGCGUCGAGAUACGAAACAAGUUCGGUACGAAUGGAUACAUGAGAUUGUUCUGCCUGUCGAUAAAACACUGGAGAAUGAUACACAAGAGCAAUACUUCAAUCAAACGAAGCAAAAGAUGGAUACUAUCAUUCAUCGAUUGCUACGCUCGUCGGAAGCAUUGACCUAUGAAACCGAAGUGAAGGCGCUUUUAGAUGAACAUGCCGAACAUGCGGUGAUGCGAAUGUUAAACCGUAUAUUGCUGGCCUUAGAAUAUAUGGUGGACAAUUUAGGACAGGAGCACAUUCUACCAGCAAUAUCUGUUAUCGGAACAGUAGCAUUUAUUCUUAUCAUUGGAUAUGUAAUGUCUUACCUACUACAUUUGGAAGAGGAAGACAUACAACUGAAGAGCAAACAUGUGAACAAUUCUAACGGAAAACCUGUGGGGUAUGUGCCGGAGCUUCGAUUACAUGAACUGCGAGCAGAAAAAUAUAAUGGAUUGGUUAGACUUCUUAAGCCCGGUUGCCGUACCAUAGUAUUACUUACAGAUUUGCAAUCAAGAUCGAAAUUGAUUCCUGCAUUUCAUAAAGCUGUAUGGCCGUAUCGGAAGAACAAAACACUAAUGUUUGCCCACAUGCAGAUUGAAAAGGGCAUUGCUUGGUAUGCAGAAUUAUUACGUUUGUCGCUGUCAGAAUCACGCGAGAUGGAUAUCAAUCCACGAAAUUGUAUUGGUACAGUCAUUGCUUUAAAUGGACAUCGUAAAUAUUUCUGCAUGUAUCAUGCCAAGCAUCCAGAGUCGAAUCGUGGAGCAAAGCGCAUGAUAAAAAUAACUCGUCAUCUUAGUUCGAUACCGUCUGAUCCCGAAGCGGGAGCAUUCCUCGGUAUGGAUAGCUCCGAUUCCGAAGCCUCCAUGCCAGACAUAUACGAACCAAAGAUUCUUCUUGAGGAAAAUCUGCUGGACGGUUUGCCAAACUGGCUUGAUCGUUUGUUCGAAGGGACUACACAUCGAUAUUUCAUCAACUAUUGGCCAGAUUUUACUUCGAAAUGAGUGCAAUCGAAAUAACUAGUUGCGAAUGUUUGGUAUGUCCCCAGUUGGAUUGUUAGUUUGGUUAAAGAUGUAAUCGUAUUACAGCUUUGCACACUGUAACGGUCAGUUUUUAGCGGGGAAACAAACAAUUCGCAAGGCUAAAAGACGAUAUCCAUGAUCUAAUGCUCCGUUCAUCGUUGUUUAUCGUUUGGCAGUUUGUUAUUUAUGUUGUAACAUUGUUUUUCUAGAAAAAAGAGCACCCAAAGCAACGAUGCUAAUGGGUUUGACCUAACAAAUCACAAACUGUAGGAUAAAAUAAUAUGCAGAUUGAUCUAUGUUGGUAGAAAAUUAUCAUCUUUCACUUGUUCAUCCAUUCAGCAGGAAUUUUCAUCAUCUUAAAAAGGCUUUGGAUUUAUUAAGAAAAAAAAGUCCUUAAGAAUAGGACUUGAACAUCAUGGCAGUUUAUCGGAUCUAUCGGAGUAGCAUUAGCUCUAAACAUAGCUAAACUAUCGAUAUUCCAACUGUAAGGUUAAGCUCUCAAUCAUACGUUAGGGCUAGACUACAGUCAGAGCUUGCUGAUCUAGUCAAUAUUUUGUUUUAGAUAUGUGGUAAAAGAGACAUGCGUGAAGCAAACAGCAAAACCAUCUACCAAAUAUCCCAGCUAACAAUUUUCUGAUAAACAAAUGCUUUUAAGACCGAAAAUACAUGGGGCUUAUCAGCCUUACGCAAUUCGUUUCCCAA